AUAUAUCCAUCCACCGUGGUUAUACAUAUAAUUAAGCAUGUGCGGCAUGAUGGCUUUCAAGAGAAUCUCCAUUAGCAGCAGUAGGAAUGCUUGGCUUCUGAUCCUCUUGGUUUCUACCCUUCUGUUAGCUAAUAAUUCACAUCAUCAUCAAGUAGUUGCAGCACGGCCAAUCUUGGGUAGGGUUUCUUCUUCAUCCAUGCAUGACCAUCGUUCCCAGGGAAGGCUUGAAGAGCGGCUGAUGAUGAAGAGUAAGACUCACACUGCUAGGAUUCUGAGGGUGUUUUCACGCAGCGAUGACCCUCAUAAGGGGAACUAUGGAUCUCCCAUUCCCAAACGCUAAAUCGACGUCAGAGUAUCGCUGCCUGCCACUCAUAUGAAUGAAACAAGAUGGAGACUGGAGAGUGUUUUGUCCGGCCGGUUCUAGAAAAGAGGAUGACGUUUCCUCUUAGUUUCAGUUGUAGUUGCAAUAGGACGUACCCUCUCAGUUAGGGUUUAUAAACCUUACGAUGAUGAUGAAUAACUUUUAUCUUGUGUUUCCUUUUAUUUAUGCAUAGAUUCUAUUUCUAGGUAUACCGAAAUAUUUAUUUUGUUCUGAGUUGGAUUUGUGUUAUUGGAAUAAUGAGAAAACAUACAU